GCGCUCCCAAUAUGAUUCGUUGUAUGUAUUCCACUCGCAUCCUCGAUGGAUGGAGGAUCAAUGAAAAGUUGGCAGAGAAGGUACUCUAUUGUGGAUUGUGUGUGAAGAUAGACUGCCUUGCGCUUACGUCAUAUCAAGGAGGAGACUGGAGUCACACCCAGUCUGGCUGUGAUCCGCUUUGGAUACAAUGCGGACACAGAACGUUUUAUGGAGAAAAAGAAGAAUCUCGCGCUACGUUGUGGAGUGAAUCUCCGCGACUUCAAGUUUGAUGCAUCCACGAAGACAGAAGAAGUGUUAGACAAGAUUCGCCAACUGAAUAAGGAUCGAACUAUUCAUGGAAUCGUGAUCAAGACGCCCCUUCCUUCCACUGUGAAUGAAGAUGCAGUUUUACAAGCAAUCUCUCCCAUCAAGGAUGUUGAUGGAUGUUGCAACACGAACAAAGGUCGAUUGUUCAAGUUGGGAGAUUGCAAACGUCGCGCUCAAGAAAGAGGACUCGACAGUGAGAUUCACUACUACAAUAUGGUGAAUCUUCCCUCUUCGGCUCUGGCCACUCUUUGCUUUGUGGAGUCAUACAAACUCCCCUUAGAGAAGAAGAAGGCCACGAUCAUUGGUCGAAGUGAAUCUGUGGGUCUUCCUAUCGCUCUGUUGCUCACCCACAAAGACAUGACAUGCCAGAUUACUGGAUCUCAUUCAGAGCUUGAUGGUAAUAUGCUGAAGGAUUCUGAUUAUGUCAUUUCAACGCAGGGCACUGUUCAGAAGGUGAAAGGUGAAUGGCUGAAGCCUCAGUGCACUGUAAUUGACAUCGGUCCUACGUACUCUGCCACGGCCACGGGAGGUAGGAAUCGGGUUGAAUUAUAAGCAAUAGAUGAUAUUGAAGGAAGUGUGGAUCUCACGGACUGCUGCAAUGUGGCGAGCAAUAUUACUCCUGUUCCUGGCGGCACGGGAAUGCUGUCAUCGGUCAUGCUGAUGCAGAACACGAUGAAAUCCAUGGUUUUGCAGGAGGGAAUGUUGCC